AUGGAUGAUAGCGAGAAUCAAGUUGCUGAUACCAAUACAAGUGUAGGAAAUACAAGCGAUGAUGCCAACAAGAGCAUGACAACGCCUGGUGAUGAUCACGAUGAAACAACAAGUAAAAGUGAUCGCAGAUCGUCUGGUCUGAUCAGAAAGCGAUCCAUGAUCGCCGCCAAGAAUUAUAGUGGUGAAGAUCAAGCAUUAGAUAAAAUUAGUCGUAAGGAUAAACAGGCUGAGUUCCUUGUCAACUGUAUUGUUGCUGUGGUGAUUAAGAAUGGAAAAUGGAACGUCAAUAAUAACUCGACCAAGCCCAACAAAUAUUGCACUGCCAUUCGAUUGCCCGCUCAUGCUUUGAAAUGGUUAUUACUACCAUCUCGACAUGACGGAUAA